UCACUGGAGAUCGCCAUUACUGUCUGAUUAAAUAACAAACUCCAUGCCGGGGUUUUAAUGUAAAAUAUAUUUAUUAUAAAGUUAAGAACUUCCACUUUCUAUUCAAAUAUGACUUCAAUUAUUGUUGCUAGAACUUUAGCACCAGUGGUGCACCGUUCCCUUAAACAGCUUUUUUCAAAAGGAACUGGUACAAAAGUGAGGAACUACUGUAAAACAUUACAACUAGCGACAGUUCAAUACAACCAAAAACGAUUGUAUGCAGAGAAAAAAGUAUUUGAAAGAACCAAACCACAUUGUAAUGUGGGUACUAUAGGACAUGUAGAUCAUGGUAAGACCACACUUACUGCAGCUAUUACCAAAGUUUUAGCUGAACAAAAGUUAGCCCAAGCAAGAGGAUAUGCGGAUAUUGACAAUGCUCCAGAGGAAAAAGCUAGAGGUAUUACUAUUAAUGUCGCUCAUAUUGAGUAUCAAACAGAAAACAGACAUUAUGGCCACACAGACUGUCCUGGCCAUGCUGAUUACAUCAAAAACAUGAUCACAGGAGCAGCUCAAAUGGAUGGUGCCAUCAUGGUUGUAGCUGCUACUGAUGGUGUCAUGCCCCAAACCAGAGAACAUCUAUUAUUAGCAAAACAAAUUGGUGUCCAUCACAUCGUAGUCUUCAUCAACAAAGUUGACGCAGCUGAUAAGGAAAUGGUUGAGCUUGUAGAAAUGGAAAUUAGGGAGUUGUUAACAGAAAUGGGUUUUGAUGGAGAGAAUAUUCCAAUUAUUGCUGGGUCUGCCUUAUGUGCUUUAGAAGGAAAGAGUCCUGAAAUAGGCUCUGAAGCAAUCCUAAAACUAUUAAAAGAAGUAGAUGCCUACAUACCUACCCCAGUAAGAGAUUUAGACAAACCAUUCUUGUUACCUGUAGAACACACAUAUUCCAUACCUGGAAGAGGCACUGUAGUAACUGGAAGAUUGGAAAGAGGCAUUUUGAAGAAGGGGGCUGAAUGUGAAUUUGUAGGAUAUAACAAAGUUCUGAAAAGUACGGUUACAGGUGUGGAGAUGUUUCAUCAAAUUUUGGAUGAAGCCCAUGCUGGUGAUCAACUUGGAGCUUUAGUGAGAGGAUUGAAGAGAGAUGACGUUAAAAGAGGAAUGAUUAUGGCUAAACCUGGAACAGUAAAGAGUCAUGAUAAUGUUGAAACUCAAGUAUAUGUUUUAAGUAAAGAAGAAGGAGGUCGUACAAAACCGUUCACAUCUUUCAUUCAGCUACAGAUGUUCUGCAGGACCUGGGAUUGUCCUGUGCAAGUAGUUGUACCAGACAAGGAAAUGGUCAUGCCAGGUGAAGAUUCCAAGUUAGUUUUGAAAAUGUUGCGGCCCAUGGUACUUGAGCAAGGUCAGAGAUUCACGUUAAGAGAUGGUUCACAAACCUUAGGAACUGGCGUAGUAACGAAAACCUUACCUCGUCUCUCAGAUGCCGAACGAAAUUCCUUAACAGAAGGCAAGAAAGCCAGAGAAAAGAAAAUGGGUGCAACCAAGUAGAUUGUAAAUUUUUGUAUAUUUUGUUAAUUAAUGUUUACUAUGCCGAAAAAAACAGAAAAAUACUGAUAUUUCUGUGUGAGAAUGUUAGAAGGUUUGUUUUAAUAGAAAAACUAAUAGGUAUCAUUUUUUAUUUCUAUGUAUUUCAAUUUUAAUGUCUCGUUGUUAACAGCUGACUGUAUAUUUUAUAUAGGUUUUGAAAGAGCUUCUUAUGAGUUUGUUUUUGAAUGGAUUGGUUUGCAACAAAAUCAUAAAUGCAAAUAUUACUAGACACUAAUUUUAUGAUAUUAUGUUCUAGUAGCCACUCUUUUUUUUUUGUUGUGUAAUAAAAGCUAGAACAUAGGCUGUAAAAAAAGUCCAAGGCCAGAAGGAAAUUAUUUCCUAAACCACAUUCAAAUAGCAAAUUCUCAACUAUAAACAAACGCACGUGUUACUAUUCACCGUAUCAUUCGUCAAGAGGCUGUUAAAUGUAAUUUAUUGCCCUAAAUGAGGCGGAUUCUCAUUUUACAGGUCCAAACUGGUCAGUCUGCAAAUUCAAAUUGUAGGUAGCGUGUUGGUUUUUAAGAUACACUUCAGGACGACCCUGUUUAGCUUCCAUGCGCGUUUGUUUACAGUUGGGAAUCUGUAAAAUGAAUGGACUGUAGAGACUAUGCGCGGCCCAAAAAAGGACAACUCUACCUUAUCGGUAAAGUCUACGAGAUGUGCACAGUAAAUUGAAGGUGGAAAUACCAAAAAAAAAAUGAAAUUAUGUAUGUCUUUGUACUCACUUUAUAUUGCUCAAAAAAUUACGGAAUCUGGAUUUCAAUGCAUAUUUUUUUUUAUAAUUCUCGUAUCAAAGUUGCUCGUGAAGUUAGGCGUGUUGAUGACAGUUGCGAUUUUGGGGUCGACACAGAGACUAUCAGUUCGUCUGUCUCAGUAUGUAUAAAAAAGAAUAAAACACUUAUCUUAGUGAGUUAUUGACGUGGCCUUUGUUAAAACUGUAUAAAAAAAUAUCUAAAUUAAAUAAACCAAAGUAGGUCAAGCAUUGACACGAUUGCCAUGGUCAUAAAGGUGAUAAGUGUGUGGUUAAAGUGAUAUUGCACCCGCGAGACCAAUGGUAAAAGUGGCAUUAUAGCGGUAAAAAAUGAAUAUCUUAACUCUCCCCCCCAAUUAUUACCAUAGCAUCAACUGCAUAAAGAAAGCAGAGCAACUAUUUAGAAUAGCUCGAGACAGAGACAGUUUCGCCAUGUUAAUCGCCAACGUCAAGGGGACUUAAUAGGGCACGUUAAGAAGAAGACGUAUAUGUAGGAUUCGUUAAAGACAAUCGUAAUAAAAGUCCGUGUGAUGUUUAACAGUUUUAAUUAAUAAAAUAGAUAACUAAAUUAUAGAUGCUAUUAAAUUGACGAAAUGUAAAAGUGUUCGUGUAAUUGCGACCAAAAUUUUACGAGUUUUCACAAAAGAAAAUGUCUUUGAAAUAAUCGCGUUUAUCUACUUAAUAUUUGACCGGCUUGUCAAUAUAUAAGUACGUAUUAAACUUCGCGUCCUUUCGAUUAUUGCCAAAUACAACCUCUUUCCUCAUUCGAAUCUCAAAAUCGACUGCCUCUCGCACCCCUACGCUAAAUAAAAAUCUCUUGCAUCUAAUCUCCCUUUUCCGUUUACUCCUGAGAACCAAACUAUUAAAAGUGGUUCAAAGUUGCGAAUGUUAUUCUUACUUAAUUAGGUCUUAAAGAUUCAAAGUUAGAAGUAUUUCGCACCGGCUACCGUAGUAAUCCCAAUUCGUUCCACCCAUCUGGGCCACGCGAUGUAGGUCUAUAUGUGUGAGACUAUUAUUCCGUGCUCGUAAUUAAGAAAAAAUAUAUACAGAGUAAGUUAAAAAUAUAAGGUAAAAUAUUUACAAUUUUACAUAUAUGUAACUUGAAAGAUUUAGCUACUAACUUCAUACUGUCUGUGUGCGCGUAGUUCAUUCAUACUGUCGUUCUCAUAAAAAUUCACUCUCAACAUUUUUCUUAAUCACGCCUAAAGAAGUAUCACUUCAAUAAAUCUGACUGACAGUCAGAUUCUCUUUUACGUCGAGCCACAUUUUAAAAAUGUUUCACAUAACUAUAUAAGCGGUAUCUGUAUAGACUAUAAAAAAAUUAUAUGAACAAUGAAUGGGCGAUAAAAAACGCUGCAGAAGAAGAUAAUACAAAUUCGACUGGAACUUCGUCCAAACUUACGUACAAUUUUUCAACGAUUUCCGGAAAGGAAAUCAAAACGUCAAAAUAAACGUAUUAUAAUCGGAAAUUUUCUUAAAAAAAAUACUACAUUAUAUUAAAAUGUCACAAGAAAAUAGCUUCAAAAGAAAAUAUCUGUCGGCAAUGAAGGCUUGCUACAAAGAGACGACUGUGAUCCAAGAAAUCAGGUUAUAAGCAUGUCUAAUUUGCCGAGACAAAGAAAGUAAUGUUUUUGAUUUUUUGCAAAUCUUAAAAAACUGUUACACUUUAUUAUCAUGAAAACUUCUCAAUUUUAAAAGGUUUAUCAUCGCCUUUUGCUUCUGCGGUAUAAACUUCAUAAUAUGUAUGUAUUAACUAUGUGCUUCAAGUUAAAAAAAAUAAUCUGUGUGUACUUUGUACGCACGUAAGAAGUUAUACUUCUAUUAUUAUGAUUUCAACGAAAUUAAUAUACUUAACAGGUUAUUUGUAUUUUAUUUAAAUAUUAAACUAACUUUCUUUACCUACCACUUUUAAAAAAUGUUUAUUAAAACGAUACCAAAAAUAUAAAAAAAAAAGUAUAUGAAUGGUCCGGGAUUUGAACCCGGGACCUCUUGAUCUCCGGUCACACGCUCUACCACUUAGCUAUAUCCCUUUUGCUUUGACAGGUUACAGGAUUUCUCAUACAUACUGACAAAUUUAAUAGAAAAAUACUUUAAAUAUACUUACUAUUUUUAUAAAAUAUCUUAUUCCCGAGGAAGACAAAUCCAAAGACACAAAAAUUAUAAUAAAUAGUACAUUUACUAAGAACACUAAUAUAUCCUUUUAUAUGAUAUAAUAUGACUUAUUUGCGCUGACAGUGCUGAUACAUACAUUUGAAAGAUUAGCAACGAAAUACAUACUGUCUGUGUGCACAUGCACCCGGCAUUAUAAAAUUUCACUCUCGAUCGUAAAGAAGUAUAACUUCAAAAAUUAAAUUCAAAGAUAUUCAAAAACAAACUUAAUGAAGUGUGUUUAAAAUCAUAUUAUUAAGGUUACUUUUUCAUUGAAUAAAGUAUAAAUAAAA